AUGUCCGCAGGUGAUAUCGAAGCUGUAAAGCAGAAAGGAAACAAGAAGUCUAGAAGAAGAAAGAAGAGAAGAACAGCAGAUAGCUCAGAAUCAGAAUCAUCAUCAUCAUCAGACAACGAAUCUGGAACAUUGGAAGUAACUGAAACCCCAAAUAACGCUGAGGUAUCUGAUGUCGAACUUUCGGAUAAUGAACCUGAAAGUAAGGAGGUUGAUGAGAAAAUAUUAGACAACACUACUAAAGAUAAGCUUUCUGAUAUACCGUUUACUACAACUCAACUAACGCAGAGAGGUAGUUCAAGUGGUGAUAAAAAGGGUACUAUAGAUAUGAAGAAAGUAGGUGAAACUGUUGAAGCAGCUAAGACUGAAAUGGUGAAUAGCAACCUGAUACAGAAUGCUAUCAAUUCUGGAGAAAAUUCAAAAGAUUUGAAGAAAGAAUAUCUCGGACUAAUGUUUGACAAUUAUGGGGAGGAUAUCAAUGCCUUAAGAAACGCCCCUGACUUUACGAAUAAAUCACUGGUGUUAUUAGCAAAUGUUUUGAAAGAGGGUUCAAACAUGUUUGAGACAGACAGUUUAAAAACUAUUCUUGAGUCAAAAUGA